AAAUUGACUAUUUAUAUUUUGAAUUUUAGAAAUAUUUUCAGCCAAGGCCUCGGGGCGACAGACCGUGACGCCCUUAGCCAGCAGAUUAUGGCUGCCGCAGCCGUAGGUCUUGCAAACACACGGCCGCCGUGGUCUGCCCGCGGCCGCGUACUGCUCAGUCGCACGGCUGCGGUCGUGUGCAACUUCGCCGUCGGUAACCCGAAUCGCCUCCCCACGCCGUCGUCCAGGAGGCUCUUUCUGGCUCGAGCUUCAGAGCCCCAAAAAGAAGGAGAAGAGGCUUCGACCACCAACGAGUACGACAUUGCCAGUGCCUUCACGUCUCAGGAGGAUUUGGAUUACUUAUGGAAACUAGGAGCUGGUUCUGUUGUGGGUGCAGCUAUCAUAAAGUAUGGAAGCAUCCUUUUUCCUGAGCUAACCAGACCCAACAUUGUUCAGGCUCUGAUUAUGAUACUAAGUCCUGUCGUAAUUGCUGUUUACCUUUUGACUAAGCAAAGUCGUGUAGAGUGAUGAGGUGAAGAAACUUCAUGUAGCAUGUUGUAUUCGCACUUGUAUAUAAGAUAAUCAUGUAAGUGUAAGUUGUUCAAUAACAUUUAUGCAAUCAAAUUUAGUUGGCAAAA